AUGGCAACAACAAACCAUUAUCCCCAUGGAUCUACAGGGGUACGGUUAUCAUCAUCACCGCCCAACAACAACAUCCCUCCUCCUCCUCCUCCUCCUCCUCCUCACGAUCGAUAUUAUCAUCAUGAAGACCAGCAACAACAAGCCGAAAAAGAAAACGCUGACCCUAACAACAAAGCGACAGCAGCAGCAUUGAUAAAGCAAAAGAUGCAUUCAUUAUGCAACUGGAUACAGCACCAACUAGCAUGCAACGACAACCGAUACGCGUUUCAAAUGGGAGUGGCCUACAUCGUUGCCACUCUUUUUGUGGUUGUUCCUGCCAUCUCUCAAGUGGCGCCCAAUUCCUUUUGGAUAGGCGUCUCGGUUGUCACCGUUUUGGAUAAUACAGUGGGAGGAUUCCUUAGUCUAAGCAUCCAACGCAUGAUCGGCACCGUGAUUGGCGGGGGAUUAUCCAUCAUUGUGAUGACGAUCUCCCGGGCGAUUUAUCCAGAAUGGGAAAUCAGUGCCACUGUGCUCUUGUGUGCAUUGAUGUUUUGUCAAGUGUUUAUCAUUGCAAGGAUCAAAUUAAGACCCAACAUGAAUUAUGCUGGUGGCAUUGGAUUAUUGACGACCGUUGUCAUUCUUCUUUCAGGAUACCAGGAUCUCACCCAUGAUAAACUUUCUGCAAGUGCAGAGCUGGCAUUUUGGAGAGGACUUGACCUGGUGAUCGGUAUUGUCAUUGCCAUGUUGGCGUCAUUAUGCAUCUUUCCACUUAAAGCACGAUACACCAUGAGGAAAAAUCUGGGUGAAUCGCUUGAGGAAGCAGCUGAUUUGUUUGAAAGGGUCACUGUGUAUUGCUUGGAUUUAACAAAGAACGACAACCAUCAUCUGACGGAAACGCUCAAACCACCACCACCCCUUGCGAAAAAGGAUACCACCAUUUCAAUCGACAUGCCAUUUCCACCACAACCACUACCACUCCCAUCACAACAAAUCAACCAUGAUAUGGAAAUCUGGAAUCAUGAACUUUUCAAUGAUUUAUGCGACAAGGCAUUCAAGGUGCUCACUCGCUUGCAAACGGAAGCCACUCGUUUACGCAGUGUAUCCAAAGAAUACUAUCUCCAAGUGCCUUUCCACUUGCUAUGUGGACGAGGACGAGAACGAUGUCGUCGUGUGUUGAGACGUACAAAGCAAUACAGUGAAUCCAUUGAUGCCAUGAAACGUAUUGUGUGGUCUUUGGUAUCCUUCAGGUUGCUAUUGCCACUCUUGAAACUCGAUAACAAUCAAGCUGUACACGAUCGUAUGGUGCCUACAAAAGCAACAUUACAAAACUUUGAGGAUAGCUUAUGGGUGAUGCGACGACUUGGUGAGAUGCUCAAAGAUACUCGACGCAAGCUGAGCGAAGAAUCCGAGUGGUCCAUGAUCCAGUGUCGAGUCGAGAAUGGCACUAUCCAAAUCCAAAGAGAACUUUUACAAACCAUUGAAAUGAGCAAAAGCUCCCACUCAGUGGAUGGACUCAAAUUGUUAUCGUAUUAUGGCUUCCUUGUACGAUGUGCUACUAUUUGGCAAGGUCUUGAGCGAGUAGUACAGGAAUUAGGACCUCAACAUCGACCCUUAUCCACUGCUCCUAGUAGUGUUUCAUUUCCAUCCUCAUCAGGUGAUACCCUUCAUGCCCAAGAGUAG